ACGCGCGCUGAGACUUGUUCUUGAAUGUUGACCACUUCAACUAAUACCGCUGCAAAUGCCUCCUUCUAAACCUGUUCGAGGAGGCCCAAACCCAUUUUUCUUCUUUGGUUUAUCAUUUGUAUCUUUUGGUGUUUUCUACUACAUAACAUCAAAUCGAGAAACUACCUAUCCAGCCUCCAAGCAGCCCCGUCAACAAGAUAGUCCUUUGAUUCCGCCACGACACAAGGACUCAUGAUUUCAUUUUGCUCCGUCACGGAUUUUUUAUCCUGCUCGACAAGGUCCAAGCCGAAAAUGCCAUACCCAAAUUAAACUCUAUGCACCCAACAGUCGUUGAAGUGUACCUACCAGGCGAUGUACCCUGUUGCGCCUCGUCUGUGGAUAUGCUUUAUUCGUAAUAAUGAAGGAGGUGUCAUGGUCAAUUGGGUAUUGUUAGCGGCGAAUUCCGAUCUAGACAUGGAUACUGUAAGCAAUGUGCCAGAAUUCGAGGCCCCCUACCUGUUGUUACCGUGCAAUCUGUUUAUCGAUGCUCUUGGAUAAGAAGCUCCCAUCAUACCUACAAAACUUACAUAUGUGAACUUUA